UGAGGUUGGGGACUGUCCAAAGAGGAGGCUGGACAGGCCAACUGGAGUCCUGAUCAGCAUGGGGCUGGAGAAAGCCGAGCCACAGGAAGGGUGCUCCCAGGAGCACUUACAGAACACUCUGGGAAUGCCUGGAGAGUCCGCAGGAGCACAGCCUUCCCUACCCAGGCCUCAUUCUUCCUCUGGAAGAGGGAAGAGUGGUUGUCACAAGGCCUCCCCCGACUCCUGAGACACCCCAUCCUCAGUCCGUCCCCUCCUUCUCUGCCCAGCCUCUCCAUAGCCGUGGCUCCAACACCUGAGGGGACAGAAGCGAACGCGGGGAGCUCCAACAGGCGGCGGCACGGGACCGCGGGUCCAGGGGUGGCCUCCGCAUGGCCCCACCGUGAGAGGGGACCCAGCGGCUGGGACACGAGCGCCCUAGGGGCUGACAGGAACGGGUGGAAGCAUUGACCAACAUGGAUGAAGAGAAGCUCUCGUGUGAGCUGCACAAGGAAGGGAGUGCUACCCGGGACCACAGCAUGGAGCCUGAAGAGGAGCCAGGGCUCCAGAAUGGAACAGCGGUCAGCGAAGGCCUGAGCAGCCACAUCAGCGGCCCAGGCAGUGAGAAGACCUUAGAAGGCACCACGGAGCCUGUGAGAGACCCAGAUGUGGCCCUCCCUGGCCUUAACCUCUCUUUGACCAAUGGCCUGGCUUUGGGACAAGAUGGGAACAUUUUGGAAGAUUCCAUAGAAUCCAGGCCCUGGAGAAGUGGACCAGAAAAGGAGGAGGAUGUCCCUGGGAGUCUCUGUCCAGAUGCUGAGGACCCUCAGCUGGGGCUGGAUUGUCCUGGUGAACCAGAUGUGCGUGAUGGCUUCAGUGCCACAUUUGAGAAGAUUCUGGAGUCAGAGCUACUGCGGGGCACCCAGUAUAGCAGCCUGGACUCAUUAGAUGUGCUGAGUCUCACUGACGAGAGUGACAGCUGUGUCAGCUUCGAGGCCCCCCUCACACCUCUCAUCCAGCAGAGGGCUCGAGACAGCCCCGAGCCCGGGGCCGGGCUGGGCAUUGGGGACAUGGGGCCUGAAGGGGAUCUAGGGGCAACUGGUGGUGGUGAUGGGGAACUGGGCAGUCCCCUGCGGCGGUCCAUCUCUAGCAGCCGCUCAGAGAAUGUCUUGAGCCACCUGUCCCUCACCUCGGUGCCCAAUGGAUUCCAUGAAGAUGGGCCUGGGGGCUCAGGAGGGGAUGAUGAGGACGAUGAGGACACGGACAAGUUGCUGAACUCUGCCAGUGACACCAGCCUUAAGGAUGGCCUGUCGGACUCGGACUCGGAGCUGAGCAGCUCUGAGGGGCUGGAGCCUGGCAGCGCAGAUCCACUGGCCAAUGGGUGCCAGGGGGUCAGCGAAGCCGCUCGCAGACUGGCCCGACGACUCUACCAUCUUGAAGGUUUCCAGCGCUGUGAUGUAGCUCGGCAGCUGGGCAAGAACAACGAGUUUAGCAGGCUGGUUGCUGGGGAGUACCUCAGUUUCUUCGACUUCUCAGGCCUCACUUUGGACAGAGCACUCAGAACCUUCCUGAAGGCCUUCCCGCUGAUGGGGGAGACACAGGAACGAGAACGAGUCCUUACCCACUUCUCUCGCCGGUACUGCCAGUGUAACCCAGACGACAGCACAUCAGAAGAUGGGAUCCACACUCUCACCUGCGCCCUGAUGCUGCUCAACACAGACCUGCAUGGACACGUGAACAUUGGCAAGAAGAUGUCCUGCCAGCAAUUCAUUGCCAACUUGGACCAGCUGAAUGAUGGCCAAGACUUUGCCAAAGACCUUUUGAAGACGCUUUACAACUCCAUCAAGAACGAAAAGCUGGAAUGGGCCAUUGAUGAGGAUGAGCUGAGAAAAUCCCUGUCUGAGCUGGUGGAUGACAAGUUUGGGACGGGCACAAAGAAGGUGACUCGGAUCUUGGAUGGUGGCAAUCCAUUCCUGGAUGUCCCGCAGGCUCUCAACGCUACCACCUACAAGCAUGGUGUGCUGACCAGGAAGACUCAUGCGGACAUGGACGGCAAGAGGACACCCCGUGGGAGGCGUGGCUGGAAGAAAUUCUAUGCGGUGCUCAAAGGGACCAUCCUGUACCUGCAGAAGGAUGAGUACAGGCCUGACAAGGCUCUGUCCGAGGGGGACCUGAAGAAUGCCAUCCGUGUGCACCACGCUCUGGCCACCAGGGCUUCUGACUACAGUAAGAAGUCCAACGUGCUCAAGCUGAAGACAGCAGACUGGAGGGUGUUCCUCUUCCAGGCACCGAGCAAGGAAGAGAUGCUGUCCUGGAUCCUGAGGAUCAACCUAGUAGCCGCCAUCUUCUCAGCACCUGCCUUCCCAGCAGCUGUCAGCUCCAUGAAGAAGUUUUGUCGACCCCUGCUGCCCUCCUGUACAACCCGCCUCUGCCAGGAGGAGCAGCUUCGGUCUCAUGAGAAUAAGUUGAGGCAGGUAACUGCAGAGUUGGCUGAGCACAGGUGUCACCCACUGGAGAGAGGCCUCAAGUCUAAAGAAGCGGAAGAGUACCGUCUGAAGGAACACUAUCUCACGUUUGAGAAAAGCCGUUAUGAGACCUAUAUCCACCUCCUGGCCGUGAAAAUCAAAGUGGGCUCAGAUGACCUGGAGCGGAUUGAGGCUCGGCUGGCUACUCUAGAAGGGGAUGACCCGGCUCUCCGGAAAACACACUCAAGCCCCGCCCUCAGCCUGGGCCACGGGCCUGGGACUGGCAGCAAAGCCACAAAGGAUACCUCUGCAUCUGAUACUUAGCUGGUGUGGCUGUGCAGGCCCUAGAGACAGGCAAAUGUCCCCCAGAGGGGUCAGUGAGCACAAUUCCAGCCAGGGACUGCUUGGACCGAGCUCCAGGCAGUUAACAGGCAACCAGAGGGGUGUGGAGAGCCCUGUGCCCAAGGAGAUAGAGAUGUCACUCAUGAUGCUGAUCUUCUUGCAUCCUGGGCCAUCUCUGGCCUAGACCCUCUCCUAGCCCUGCUGCCCUCCAGUCAUGGGGCCUUGCUCUGCAGGCCAGACAUGCUCUAGGGCCGGACAAGUCUGUCACUGUUGCUUUCCCAGGCUCCCUUCUCAUCUGGCUCCUCCCUUGUCUUGUACUUGUGAGGGUGGGUCUGGACUCUGGAUUUCAGCUUGGCUAUCCAACCUUUCUCCUCUUUCCUCUCAGUUGACCAGCAGCAGGUCUAUGGACCACCAGCAACCUUUGCAACCGGCCCAGUUCUUCUGCCUCACAUUGCAAUAAUCUGGGGCCUAACCUCCACUCAGUGCCAAACUGAUUCCACACAUGCGUGUGUCCCCUUUCUCCUUUCAUCCACUGAGGCCUCUCCAGCCUCUUUUUUAUACAGACAGAUAGACAGACAGACAG